AUGGCCUCGGAGAGCGACGUGGACGCGCAGCAAGCCUUGGCCGCCGCCCUGGCGUUUAUUCCGUAUGCCUACAAGGGGCCUGAGUCUCGAUACAGUGGCGGGGCGGUGUUCGUGGUCAAGGACGGGACCGGCGCCGAGGCGACUGUGCACACGGUGGUGGUCCGGGUUGUCGACGGCUUGGUGACUGUCGAGACCGAGGGCGAGGACGAUGAUUGUGAUGCCUCCGCAUGGCUGCCGCCGACUGUGGUCACUCUCUCGCCGCAGGUUCUGGUCGGCGUUCUCGCUGGGACGACCGACCCGAUGCUGGCCAUGAUGUGCGGCCAGAUCCUGGUCUCAGACCUCAACGGCCUGCUUGCCUUUGCCUCGGCCUUUGACUUUUCCAAGUCCCGCUUUGAAGCGUUUGCCGCAGAGGUGGAGCCUGCUUCGGGCCCGACACCCAUACACUCGCCGCCCCCGUCGAGCUCGCACGGUGUUGCCAUCCCCAAGGGCGCGACAGCAGCCGCCAAGGCCAAGGCCCACAGCCAAGCGCAUCUGAUGCAAGCUGCACGCGCCGCCGAGCGUGCACGACUGAUCGCCGAGGCCAAGGCUCGUGGCGUGCGAGGUGCGGUCGUGCCUGCAGGUAACCUGCCGGCCGCAAGCACGUCACCGCUGACGAGCGAGGAUGCCACAGAGAGUGCGACGCGUGCGGCUGGCGUGCGCGCGGCAAUGGCAGCUUCUGGCGCAAUCCUCCUCGCGUCGCUUGCUGCCAUGCGCCGGCAGAUCGAGGGUUUCCAGCCGUCGGAGGCGUACGAGGCUGCCAAGGCCUCGCUCGCCACCAUCCGAGACCGGCUCGCCACCAACGAGUCACUGGGUGCACUUCAGGCAUCACCUGUGGUUGCCCACAUGAAGAUGUUGGUGGCAACGUACGCCUCGACUCUGCGCAUCGAGCGGAGGGCUGCCCUUGUCGGGUCGCUCGCGGUCGAAGCUGGAACACGCCUUGCCGCCGCUGUCCGCUCCGCAACAGGCAACGAGACACCGCAUCAGGCUGCCGCCCGUCGCGGCGCCGUCCGUCGCGAGAGGGAAACGCUCCAGGCCCAACUGGCUGAUCUUCGUGCCCAGAACGCGGCGUUGGCCGAGACCGGGACGCCGUGCGCGCCCGGGUCUGAUCCGUCCGACGCCGCUCACGCCUUUGAGGCCGCGCUAAGCUCGCCAGACAGCUCCCCAGCCGCCACAUAGCAUGCCCAUUACAUUGCCACCGUGUAAUUUCCCCUCUAGC